UUUAUCUGAUAUGUUACUGCUGUAGUUGUCACUCUUGAGCAUUGGCUGCAAUAAAUCCAGGAUACUUAAACCCAGUGCAGGAGAUUUUAAUUGGCAUAAAUUCAGAGCUGUUUUUCUUUGCAUUACAAAGUCUCACCUUAUAGGAUUCAGGUAUUACAGUCUGAGCUUUCUUGUGCGAAAAGGAGUCUAAACUGAGACUAAAAGUUGAGCUGUUUAUCUACUUACUUUUAUCGCUAAUGAUUAAUCCGUCCUACAUUUUUAGAGUUUUGCCUUGAAAAAAGCCUUUGUGUUUGUGCGUGAACUAACGCCAACACACUUUACUGCACAUGAGAAUGAAAAGCAAAUUAUCAUGAGUUAUGCAGGGCCAAAGUACAAAUACUGAUAAUUCUUUGGCUUUUAUUUUUUUAUUUUUUAUUUUUUCAACUAACUACUUCCUUCUUCAUAAAUCAGUGUGGCAUUUCCCAGUUCAGAGCCAGAGCAGCUCUGAGGCUGCGCGAGAAAACUUAUGAUAGUGGAGUUAUAGAGCAGUGACAAUCUCAGGCAGUAAAUCAGUGCAUCUCAGCUCGCACAAAAACACAGACGAGCUCAGUUCUCAGCUCAAAGGCUCACGAGCGUUGAGGCGAACUAAGCAAGGAGAAGAAACUCGGAGAUCUGAUGGAGGGCAGGCCGCACCCGAGAGCUGUCCACAGGAGGAGGGAGACGAUCACAGCGUUGCCUCUGUACCACUGUGGAAACCUGCUGAAGAAAAACCUCAAAGAGAAGGAUUUCAGGAACUUCUACGGAGAGCUCAGAGGAACAACACUGUUUCUGUACAAAAGUGAUACACAAGACACAUAUUCAGAAAGGCUGGACCUGGGGCUGAUAAAGUCCAUGGACAUGGAGUCUCCUUAUAAAAAAAAAGUGCCAACCAUUUUCACCCUAAGCUUGCCCCUGGAGGAGGUGCAGCUAAAGAUGGAUAAUGCUGACAUGGGAGAGGAAUGGAGAGGCUUCAUUAUGACUCUGGUUAAUAAAGAGAUUCCCUCGGACAUUCAGAUGCUGCCUGGUCAGAAAAUUAAGCUGGAGGAGAUGCUGACUCUGGAAAACAAAAGAAACCCCCAGCUGGAGCGCCCUGCUCUUCCACCCCGACCGGGCUUCCUGCAGACAAAAGAUACUCCUGACAUGCCUGCUUGUUUCUUCGAUGUGACCCGACAGGAGGCUGAAAAGCUGCUCAGUGAGAACCCGGAAAAUGGAGACAUCAUCCUCCGUCCGUCCACCAUGCCCAAGAACUACGCCCUGACGCUCAGACAGAAGAUAGACAGAGAGCAUGUCCUGAAGAACUACAGGGUGACCUCCACGAGCGCCGGCUUUGUGAUCGAACUCGAGACUCCAAUGACAGUCCGCUCGCUGAACGAUGUUCUUAAGUACUUCCUGGAGAAGACAGAGUACCGCCUGCGUCCCUACAUUGUAGCUCAACCCUACGAUACUCGGAUUGUAAUGGAUCCUCCACCAAAAUGUGUCAACAAGCCUCCACCUGUAGUCCCCAAAGCUCAGGUGGCCCCCAUGCAGCGAGUCCAGGCCAAAGACAAGCAUCUUCCUCCCGUUCCCAAGCCUGACGAGGGAGAUUAUGUGUUACCAGAAGAUCCCGAUAUGGACGAUCAUAUGAAAAAGAAAGCUCAGAUAGCUGGUGAGCUUCAGGCAGUCUUGCAGAAGAGAAGAGGAAACAUCUACGUGGAAAGUGGAAACGACGAAGACUCUGCCUACCAGAAUGAAGAAGGUGAAAAAUUCAAAUCAAAGGUCCAGUGGACAACCAACGUCCCCAUGCCAUGAACUUUAACUUUCUGCCUAAUAUGUGGCUCAAAGAUUACAUGUUUUACUGAGUUCUGCCACCACAAUCCAUUUUUUUUCCUAUGGGGAUAUUAAAUGUGCACAAAAGUCAAGAAUAUGAGUUCUCAGUUAAUUAUGGUUUUUUUCCCCAAGUUAGGGAAAUUUGGUCAAACACUAUAGAUAUCUCUAAAUUACACCUGCAAUCCACAGAUCAGUCAGAAAACCAGUGAAGGAGAAACAAUAUUUGCUAAAAAAAAAAAAAAUAAAUUUGGUGCUUCUGAGGUUUUUUGAUAGAAACUUUAACUUCACACAAAACUGAGAAAGACUGCAUUUAUGUUUUAUUGUGAUCAGAAGGUUUUGCACAAGUCAGAGGAAGAAAAUGUUUAUUUCAGAAGCAUGUGUUAAUAUUCAACUUCUUCGUUGUACUUUGUCUGGAUUUGAUGCCAUUUCAUUAAGAAAAGCUUCUUGUGUCAAAAUGACUAGAAAACUGACAAGCUAACUGUAGAAGUCUGAAAUAACGAAAAAGUUACUUAAAAAUAAAUCUCAAUCUAGGGUUUAAGGAAAUGUAAAUUGUUCAACUUAUUGUGUUUUGCACCACCGGGCCUCCAUACUUUUGUAGCUUUAUGAUAAAAAAUAUUUUCUGAAAUGGUUCCCUUAUGUCAUAAAGGGAUUGUCGGCUAGCAGUACCUACACCGAGCUCAAGACUAUCCAGACUCUUCUGUGUCGUUCCACGGUGGUGGAAUGAGCUACGAACCGCGACCAGAACACGGGCGACCCCAACUUCAACAAAUCCUAGCGAACCCAACUCUUCUGAGAGAAUCUCCCCCUC